AUGCAGGUGUCCUCUGAUCCACUCAAACCUUCCAAGUCCAAGGCGGAACUUAGGCGCGAACGCCGUGAGUUACAGGAGGCUCAGCGCGCAGCGAAAAUGGCUGCCAAAGGAGCGAAACAAACAAGCACCGUGGCGGCAUUGAAAUGUACUCCCGAACUUCAGUCCGAUGCGAAUGUUAGGCCAUUAAGCGACCGAACAAGACAGCAAAAACAGAAACAGCUACAACAAAGUGAGAAUAUCAAACCAGAAGCCUUUCCCAUCCCACAGGAGAAGAAUAUCGGAUCUCAUUCCUUCCUCACUCCGCAAAAUGUUCCCUCUUCAGAAGAAUUUGUAUUGGAAAGUCAGCCUUCUAUUUCCAGUCAGCCAACUACACCGAAUAAGUCUCAAGCAGCUACGAAUGCACCUGCAGCCAGCGGCGGUCAGCAGGCCCUUGGUGUUAUGCGAAUGGACGAUCCUGCACAUUUCAAAAAGUCCGUCCGCCAACUUCACAAGAAAAAGCUGCAACCAAGACCUCAGGAGCCGAUGAAGAGUCGACUCUUGGACGCGGUGGGUAAUUUCAUGGAUGAACGGGUGCACUUAGCGGAUCGAGCUAUCGCCAAUCUAGUAGCGGAGUCGGUACCCCCAGGUGGGGUUGUAUGCGUUUUCGGCGAAUCCACGGUGGUGGCCAAGGCCCUUCAGGUCACGUGGGAAACGCGUCACCAAAAUUUUACCGUCCUUGUGGUCGAUUGUCGGCCUCGCUGCGAGGGCCGACGGAUGUUCCUUCGUCUUCGGAAGAUCGGGAUCCCCUGUGAAAUUGUCCACAUUGCUGCUCUGCCCAUGGUUGCUCCCAAGGUCUCUUUAACCUUGUUGGGAGCCCAUAGUCUCCUGAGCAACGGCUACGUUAUCGCAACCAUGGGGACAGCCCACGUGGCAAAUAUAGUUGCGUCAGUUGCACACACCCCCGUGAUGGUGUGUGCGGAGACCUACAAGUUCUGGGAGCGUGCUCAAUCUGACGCCUUCGAAUUUAACGAGCUUGGCGACCCUGACGAGAUUUGGCGCGGACCGCGCGGUACCGCCGCUGACUGGCGAGUCCCCAAAGACCCCGAUUUCGUGGUGGACAAGGGCACCCACCCAGAGGCCUGGCGCGAGCUCUCUCAACGCGCCGAUGGGUUGAAGAAUCUGCGUCUCCUUAACCUCGUCUACGACGUCAUCCCACCCGAACUCGUCUCCGCGGUAAUCACAGAGCUGGGUAUUCUACCGACAACCUCAAUUCCUGUCGUGCUGCGGGUCAAACAGGCUUCAAUUGAAGCCACCAACUCAUUUAUAUCGACUUUGUGA